UAGGACUCCGGCGCCAUGAGAAUCGAGACUUGCUACUUCUGUUCGGCUCCGGUCUACCCUUCAAAGGGCAUCACUUUCGUGAGAAACGAUGCUCGGGCCUUCAGGUUUUGCAAAAGCAAAUGCCACAAGAACUUUAAAAUGAAGCGCAACCCGCGCAAACUCGGAUGGACCAAGGCGUUCCGCAAGGCGCAUGGCAAGGAAAUGACCGUUGACAGCACAUUGGCCUUCUCUCAACGCCGCAACGUUCCCGUCAGGUACAACCGCGAGCAUAUCCAGACUACACUCAAGGCCAUGGCGCGUGUUUCGGAGAUUCGGUCUCGUCGCGAGCGUGCCUUCUACAAGGCCCGCAUGCGCGGUAACAAGCAACGACAACUUGAGGAGGACCGCAAACUUGUCGAGGAGAACCAGCACUUGCUGCCGCCCAACCUGCGUACCGAGAAGCCUAUUCUCGGCGUCGAAGAGGACACCAUGGAGGUUGACGUCCAGAAGGUCAAGGAGAGGGUUGAGAAGAGGAGGAAGGAGCUCGAGGCUAUGGGUGUCGAGGACAGCGAGCUCGAGAGUGACAUGGAAGAGGAGUUACCGAAGAUGAAGAGCAAGAAGAAGCUGCGGAUGAAGGUCGGUGGUGGCAUCGAGCGGAUGGAUAUCGAUGCUUAGGUGGCUUCAUUGGUUUAAAAAGAGUCAUAGACGGCCCAAUCUCUUCCCAAGAUCAUGGAGUGUCAUAUCAAGAACAUGUCUCCUAGAGCAGAGCAUAUUCAGCCCCUAGCGCGGCAAUCACUAUGUUGAGCUGGAUAAACGAGCAGGGCCCGGAGUCAGGCGUCAACAGGUUUCGCAGGCAUAAGAAGGUUACGAUUUCUGAUACCUUUUUUCUUAGCAUUUCUAAAUCAUAAAAGCCAUCAAUAUUCAAUCUUCGAUUUUAC